AUGAACCCCUACCAUCCCAACUACCACCUCUCCCUCCCCUAUGCUUCCAACUAUCCCCAAGAACCUGGUUCUCAGGUCCCCACGAGCUCAGGCUCCUUCACCGGCGAAAUGACCACGCCCACGAACAUCGACCUCUUCUACCCGAACCCUUCAAACCACUCUCAGAUUGAAGCUCCCCGUCCACAACGUCCUCUCUCUGGUAGAAGGGCCAUGGCCGCGGACACGCUUCGGGCGAGGACCGUCGCUUCUGGGGCGGUCAACAACCCGUUGAGUCCCCUUUGUCUGUUCAAACGUACAUCGGCCUUACCACUCCCACAUUCUAGCCAGCCUGCUUUCGCCGGGGCAGGUUACCGCGCCCCCAUACGCCCCGCCACCCAGCCCGGCCUCCCCUCGGAUUACUACGAUCACACCUGGCUGGUGCAUCCCGCUAUACAACAGGGCUUCCCAGACAUCUACCCCUUAACCACCUUUCCUCCAGUCCUCCCCACGUUUGGUGCGGCCCCCCUGCAUCAAGGGCACCCACCAGCGUCGUUGAGCCACACAGUCACGGGUGCCUCGCAGCCCGUCCAGUCUUAUCCGUACGUCCAACACAUGCAUCGCGCCUCUCCCCAGUACGACCACCUCAACCACCCGCACCCCGCUCUACAACAUGGCGUCCACGCCCUAUACCCCGCCACUGCCUUCCCGCCCGUUGCGUCCACUCCGCGGGUGGUCCCGUCCUCGUCCCAAUUCUUCCCGCCGCUGUCGUUGGGCCACACUGUCACGGGGAACACGCGGUUCUUCCCUUCUCAUGAGUAUGGCCUUCCCAUACCUCACGCCGCUCCUCCUCCUCCGCUUCAAGGCGCGACCACGUCGACGGACCCGACGGAGCAAGGGCCGCCACCCCGGCGGGCGAGGAAGACGCGGAAGCGCCGCGCUACCUCUGAGGCCGACGAGACGCCGUCCAAGAAGACCAAGAGGGGUGCCUCGAAGGGCGCUUCCGCUUCAACAUCCUCGAAGAAGAAGAAAGCGUACGUCGGCUUCAAGGACGCCACGGGAGACUUCGACGACGACGACAAGUACGAAGACGAUAAGUUAAUGAACACGCCCAUCUGGUGUCGGUGGCUUCUUCGCUCCAACCAACGGUGCGGCGCGCUGCACACCACGGCCACGAUCCUCGACCAUACCCUGGAACACGCUCCCAAGGCCGGCGAGAUCCUCUGCAAAUGGGAAGGGUGCGACAGCAGGUGCUACGGAGACCCCGCGCACCGACACUGGAUGGCCAGGCGCCCCACGCGCGAGCCGCUGUCCGAUCUGACGAGUCUCAGGCGUCACCUCAAGCAAGCCCACUUCAACCUCGCCCUCAGGCAGUGCCACUUUUGCGGCAAGACACAACGGUACGACGCGUACGCGCGCGACCACGGCGCGGCCAAGUACUGCGACAAGAACCCCAACCGGGUCCCCAGGCCGGGGAAGGCCGCUCCUCGGGUGUCGUCGCAGGUGGAAUCGUCUCUCUCUCCGGCGUCUUCGUCUUCCACCAGCUCGACUCCCGAGUUCGUCGAGGGCUCCAGCGGCGGGUCGUCCGCUCCGUCCCCGACCGAAGAGGUCAUUGACCACUACCCCUCCAUGGGCUACGCCGCAUCUGAGCUGCCGGUAGCGUCCUCUUCGGACUCCUUCGGAGCCUCGGGGGACACGGGCAGUACAUACCUGUUCGACUAUUCCCUCCCGUACGCCCCCCAGCCGUCCGGUCCCGCCUCCCUCUCCACCACGCCGACGGUCGCCCCCAGCCCGCCCCCCAGCGUCCCAAACACGCAUCCCGUCGCCUCUCUCCCCGCUCUCUCAGCAGAGCUCUUCGCUGCCGGGCCGGAUGACGUGCAGUCCGCCUCCCCGGGCUCCGACGGCGCGACGUGCACCCCGGACUCCGAGUCGGUCCCCACGCCCCCUGCGGCGUCGAGCUGGCCGCACGACCCCCUCGCCGCCCCCUCGCUUUCACUGUCCAGCGUGUCGUACGACCCGUCGCGCGGCGACUCCACCUCGGACGCGCUCGACGCGCUCGACGACCUCCUGGCGUCCGAGGCUGCUAUAAGGCAGUGCGCUGGCCCCGGCUCUGGCCCCGAGUUCUUGGACCCGUCGACGUUCAGCGUCGAGGAGUACUUUAACUAUUAG